CCGGGAUCGCGUCCUUCGUGCCAGGAAAGGGGGCCCGAGUCCCCCCACACGCCUGCAGAACGAACAUAGUCCCGCCGGCACGGGAGCCAGGCCGGUUCUUGUGCCAAAACAAGGGCUAAACCACGCUGACUUCUAGGAUCUCUCCAGUCGCAGGAAAUGACAGGUGGAAAUGAAUCCUGUAUUGCAGGACCGAUACCUAUGUCCUACUUAACUUGCCUGACUUACAUUCUGCAAGAAUGGACUGGCGUGGAGCAUAUCGGAGAUUAUCUGAGUUAUGCAUUCUACCUUGUAUGGGUGCUUUUUCCACUUGCAGUAGUUUUUAUACUUCCAGGAGUUAUUGUUGCCCUCUUCUACAUUUCCAUUCUCAUUCUUCAUAUUUAUAAAAGGAAGAAUGAACUAAAGGAAGCUUAUUCUCAUGAUGUUUGGAUUGGUGCAAGAGAAAUGUUGGCUACCCUAUGGGAUGGACACGGAAGAAUAUGGCAUGGUUAUGAGCUUCAUGGUGUCAAAAAUAUUCCUGAAGGACCAGGGCUUGUUGUGUUUUAUCAUGGAGCUACUCCUGUUGAUUAUAUCUAUUUCGUGGCUAGACUUCACGUGACAAUGAAGAGACGCUGCUUUGUAGUAGCUGAUCAUUUCGUCUUUAGAUUACCAGGUUUUAAGAUAUUACUUGAUGUACAUGGAGUUUUACCUGGACCGAGAGAAGCUUGUGUCAGUACUCUGAAGGAGGGCCACCUGUUAGCCAUUGCCCCAGGUGGAGUUCGGGAAGCACUCUUUAGUGAUGAGAUGUACACUAUUUUGUGGAGUGAUCGGAAAGGCUUUGCUCAGGUGGCCAUUGAUGCAAAAGUGCCCAUCAUUCCUAUGUUUACACAGAACGUUCGAGAAAGCUUUAGGACAUUAGGAGGAAUAAAAAUAUUGAGGUCACUAUAUGAACGUAUUAGAUUGCCAUUAGUUCCCCUGUAUGGUGGGUUUCCAGUCAAGCUACGUACAUUUAUCGGAGAACCCAUUCCAUAUGAACCAAAUAUGACUGCUGAGGAACUAGCUGCAAAGACAAAAGCAGCAGUCCAAGCUCUAAUAGAAAAACAUCAGAAAAUACCAGGAAAUAUAUUUAGGGCUUUAAUGGAACGAUUUCAAACACAUAAGAAAGAUGAUUAAGGUCUCCUGAACUUAAACUACUAUAAACUACUCUUUAGUUAUAAUAUUCUUAAAGUCACAUUUGCAAAUUAUUAAUUCUUCUAAUAAUAGGUUUUAAAUACUGUCCUAAAGAUACUGCUGUAUAAUUUAAGGUAGAAAUCACUUGCCCUUGCCCUUUCCCCUGUCCAGUAUCAAGCUCAGGAACCCAAACUUCAAAUCAUUCGUAAUGGAGCAAAGUUUAAUUUUUGAUAAAUGCAUUCCUACCUUGAAAGUGUCUGGGUCAUUGUUUUUUGGUUUGUUUUUUUGGAAAGCCUUUGUGUACAUGGUCUGUCCUUUUUUUGGUGCGUUGACAUCUCUCCCACCCCCCUCACCCAGAGAUGGAGUCUUACUGUUUUUAUCCUCAUUACUGUAAGUAGGUUUUUCAGGCCAGAUUAAUGCUGUGCAACACGUAGGAAAACUCUCCGUAGGUUGUUACUCUAACACUGGUGAAAUACAGUCAACCUUUGGCCUGCAGAACCUCUAGCAAUGACUGCAAAACCUGUGCUGGAAAGUGUUUGGUUUUACUGGGUGAGCUCAGAAAGAAUUUGGAGAAGUCAAAAUUGAUUAGAGAACUGCAGUGAUCCAAGGAAGUCUGUUACAGAAACCACUCCAAUGCAGUGAAUGAGAACCCUGCAACACAGCUCCUGUUUCAAGCCAAGCCAUAUUGGAUAUCUGCUGUUCACUAGAGACUUGUCCUGUAUAUUUCUCAUUUAAUCUACAAAUUCUCUUUUGAAAGAAUGAGCCAAGCAUUUAAAUGUCAAGAAGUGGAAAUGGGAGUACUGUUUUGUAAGAUGAGCUCACAAAGGUUUAUUUUGAAGGGAAGAAAAAAUGAUUACAGCACUCUUUAAAAAUAGAAGUUCUUUUGAAAAACAGGAUAGACAUUCCCAAAUAGCCUUUAGAUCUAGUAUGUGGGUAAAGUGUUAAACAUACAUAUUCUUCAAACAGGUAUUUACAUAAGUUAUUAAAUCAGGGUUGAGGUGGAAGUUCUAUAUACUUUCCUUAAGUGAAAACAAUUGAAUCAACAGGAAGGAGUUGCAGGAUUGGGCUAUUGUGCAUUUACAGCAAAUUGUAUUGUUAUAUUUUUUCUGAACUAAAGCCUGUGCUUUUAUUUCCAAUUAGGAAAUAUCAGAAAUAUUUCUUCUGAUUUCCAGCAAGUUUAAUCUACAGUUCUUAAAUUAACAUUUGGGACGGUUUGGGUUUUGGGAUGAGGACAAAUUCCUUAAGGAAAGACAAAAGAGGUUUUUGCUGUAUGACAUCGUCUCCUUUCAAUAUUGUUGGGGCUUGACCUUUUCUUAAAAAACCUCCACGCAUGCCCUCUAAAAAAACCCCAACACCCAAAUUUUGAAGGAACAGUUGUAUUUGAUUUAGUAUUCGUUCCUCUCACCAUUUAAGUACAUACAUUGCUUUAUGCUCCUUUAAAUGUUUAAAUUAGUGACAUUACAUAAGUGCAUGUGGAUGAUGCCCUACGUUAGACACUUUUGCAUAAAGUGAUAUUUUACUAUCAAUUAUGGUUUACAGGAAGCAAAAAGCUUACUUAUGAUAUUUUAUAUCAAAAUCAUUUUAUGUGGUGUUAAUUUUUUUUUAAAGUUUUGGGAAGAAUCAUGUUAUACAAAAGCAAAUGCCUAUUCUAAAGUUUUUUAAAUGACUUUGGUUUCAUUUGAAGGCAGGAUUGUGUUCUUUUUUAUUUAUGGGUAUGUGUUAAAAAAUAUUAACACAGUAUGUCAUAAAAAAUGAUAAUGCAAAAUUCCUGCAUUGGAAUAUAAAUAAAGUAUGACCUUUUUUUUAACUGUCCAACUUGAAGAAAAUGUGCAUCAGUCUAUAUUGUGAACAUCUCAAAGGCAGCUGAACAUAUUUUGUGUUGAGGUUGCAUAUAUAUGUAAAAGAAAACUCAGUCUAAAAGGUUCUGUUAGACAUGAACAGACUUUUUUUAUCAGAGAUUUUGUAAAAUUUAUUUUACUAAAUAUGUGGGCUGUUUGCUGCAAUUUUGUCCCUUUAAGUAUUGAAAGUUGAGUAAAAAAAAAUGAAGGGCAGUAUUGGUACUCUUUUAAGUGUUCAUAUUUGUAUAGGCCUUUCAUAUUUAUUUCUAUAUAUUAAAAAUGUAUAGCAGACACCUUUUGAAUAAAAUUGACAACUGGAAUAGACUUUUGAA